AUGACAACAAAUUCGAUUGAAGCGACCACUCCAACCGAUGGAAACGUACGUCGACGGAAAACUAUCGAAUUACCAUCGACAAGCAAUGAAACAAUCGGCUUUUCAACGCUACCUGAUCAAAUACAUCGCAAAACUCUCAAACGAGGAUUCGAAUUUACAUUGAUGGUCGUUGGUGAACAUGGCUUGGGUAAAUCAACAUUUAUCAAUACACUAUUCAUGACAGAACUCUACGCGGACCGCCCAAUAAGUACUCGAAUUCAUCCACCGAAGACGGUCGAAAUCGAAACACGCACAGUUGAAUUAGAAGAGAAAGGUGUCAAAUUACGUUUAACUGUUGUCGAUACACCGGGAUUCGGUGAUGGAAUGAAUUCAACUGAAUGUUGGAAGCCAAUUCUUGAUUUUAUUGAUCAACAAUUUUUGAAAUACUAUCAAGCCGAAACGAGUUUCGGUAUCGAACGAAAAUACGUUCAAGACCAACGUGUGCAUUGUUGUUUAUAUUUUCUUCCACCAAGUAUCCGUGGAUUACGACCUAUCGAUCGAGAUUUUCUUCAUCAUCUUCAACACAAAGUUAACGUUAUACCCGUCAUUGCCAAAGCAGACACUUUACUCAAAAGUGAAUUGAUCGCAUUAAAGAAACAGUUGUUAAGUGACAUCGAUAAAUACGGAGUGCAACUUUAUGAUUUUCCUGAAGGAGAUCCUGAACAAGAUGAAGAUACUCAUUCGCUUGAUAAAGCAUUACGAGAAUCAAUUCCAUUUGCUAUCAUGGGUAGCAAUACAACAUUAGAAUCCAACGGCAGAAAAGUUCGUGGCCGAGCUUAUCCAUGGGGGAUAGUAGAUGUUGAAGAUCCGAAAAAUAGUGAUUUGGCACACUUGCGUGAAAUGCUAUGCAAAACACAUUUACAAGACUUGAAAGAUGUUACAAGCGAUGUGCAUUAUGAAAGUUUCCGUGCCCAACAAUUACUCGGUCGACGAAAUUUAAACGAAAUCUACGAAGAUGAUCCGUAUGAAAACAUCGAAGUAAAAUACAAAUUGAUUCAACAGAAGGACGAUCAAAUUCGUGAUAUGAAACAACAAAUACAGGAUAUGCAACACAAAUUGAAUUCUACUCCGAACGAUUAUCAAUCGCUGACACCAACAUCCAUUCCUGAACCAACUACCACGACGUCCACGACUGGCGAACGUUCUACUAAGAUUUAG